CAUUUGCAUUGUUUACAUUUUAGCAUGCGACGCUGAAACUAAUAGAACGCGAAAUAUAAAAGUAAAUCCAAAGCAGAACCAAGCCUCAGUUUUACAUGUGCUGGCAAAGGCAGAGCAGCGCUUUCGGAGCCAACUGGAGGCCAUCGAGGAGUCGAAACCAUCGGAUCAGCAGGCGCAUUCCUGGCGUGACUGCGGUGCAUUAAAUCACCCGGAAAAUCGCGGCGACGAACAGCAACCGGAAGUUCGGCGCGAAACGAGCAACUGGUGGUCACCAGAAUGGAGGUUUACGCCUGGGGUGCCAAUUCUCACGGCCAGCUCGGCCUUGGCUUUGAGUCCGAAUUGUGCAUGACACCGCAACGGGUGGCCAAGUGCUCCUUCGCCCCCGCCCAGGUUCGCUUGAUUCGUGGAGGUGGUGGCCAUGUUCUCAUCCUCGACACAAGCGGACGGAUUCAUGCCUGCGGAUGGAACAAUCGUGGUCAACUGGGACUGGAUUCCACGGAGGAGUGCCACAGCGAGUUCAAGAUGAUCCCCACGGAAUACUUCGGGGAUGUUCCUGUGGAAACCAUUAGCUGUGGCUGGGACAUUUCGGGAGCCAUCACGUUGACCAAACGCCUGUUUGUCUGGGGCUCCAAUGCCUUUCAGCAGCUGGGAAUUUGUCAGCGCGGCUUUACUGCCGUGAGAAGACCAAUGCCAGUAAAGCUUCCACGCGAAGAACCCGCCCAGAGGAUCAGCUUCGGCCUGCGCCACUGUGCCGUCCUUACGCAAGACAACAAAAUCUACGUUUUCGGACGAUUGAGGAUUAUGGACCCUCCGCCCAUCGAGCUGGAUAUCACGGCCACCUGCCUGCACCGCUGCAAUACGGUGAAGAUACAGGUCCACAAUCCCAACGAACUGCGGAUAGUUUCCAUUUCGAGUGGUCAGAACCACAUGGUGCUCAAGUGCGCGGAUCUAAGCGAAACGGGUGGAGGCAGCACCAAAAGAAUCCUUACCUUGGGUGACAACAAGUUUGGCCAGUCCAACGCCUUUCAGUUUGAGGAGGAUGUGCGUCAGUUGGCCGUGGGUUGGACCCACAAUGCAGCUGUGCUCAAAAACAACGAGAUCCUCGUAUGGGGUCGCAAUUGCUACGGUCAGCUGGGAAUGGGUUCGUUCAGCGAACAGCAGGCAAUACCCACGCCACUUCGCCUGAAGCUUCCUGAGGAUCAGGGUCCUGCCAGAAUUCACAUGGGCGCCGAGCACGGUCUACUGAGGACUACGGCAGGAGAGGUCUACACCUGGGGAUGGAACGAGCAUGGGAACUGCGGCAACAACAGCACCGAAAAUUUGCACCCCAACUCUUUUACAACUGCCACCAGUGAAAUUGUGCGGCGCAGGAGCAGGAUUUUGUUACGCGAUCACAGAGCCCGUAAUCUAACUUUAAGUCCAUGUGAUGUCCUUCUGGUUUAGCUUAUGACCCAUUGUAAAAUGUUCGUGUACGGCUUUGUUAAAACUUUUAAAUAAAAAUACUACUGUUAUUGAUGAAAUGAAAAAGCACGAGUUGGAACUACAAAUAGUGAAAUAAACCGAGUUAUCCUUG